GCUGAAGAUGAUUUAUUCACCAGUGGAUUGCUCUCGGCUUUAUCAAGCCAUCGAUGGGGAAGGAAUACAUCAGGCAACUUUUGGGGAUGUCCUUCCUUCAAGAUUCCAAGUUGCCCAAGACUUCGGGAGGUCAUAUGGCGUGGUACAACAUGCAUGACCUGGUGCAUGACCUGGCAACAUUAAUCGUAGGUGGUGAGUUAAUCGUUUCUUCUGUUCCAUCGAAGAGCAAGAAUGUGCAUGCCCAGAAAUAUUGUCGCUAUGCACUGGUUACCAAAUAUGACCAGGCAACAAAGUUGUCGAGUGUCUUACCCUCGAAGGUGAGGGCACUCCAUUUUUCUGACAGCAGCCAGCUGGGUCUCUCUUGUGGGGCAUUUUCAUCUGCAAAAUGCUUGCGUAUUUUGGAUUUUAGUGGAUGCUCAAGUACAAUGUUGCCAGUCUCUAUUGGGCAAGUGAAGCAGCUGCAGUAUCUUACUGCUGCAAGAAUGCAAAAUGAAGUUCUCCCAGAGUAUAUCACUGAGCUAUCAAAACUACAGUACCUGAAUCUGAAUGGAUCUUCUCACAUUUCUGCACUACCAGAAUCAAUAGGCAAGCUCGGGUGUCUGAAAUAUUUAGGUCUGUCAGGUUGUUCUGGCAUAUCAAAACUGCAAGAAUCAUUUGGUGAUUUAAAACGUAUGAUUCAUCUUGACAUGUCUGAUUGUUCUGGGAUAAGAGAGCUGCCAGAGUCCUUGGUAAUCUCACAAAUUUGCAGCAUCUUGAGUUAUCUGAGUGCUCCAGUAUCAAGGCAAUUCCUGAAUCUUUAUGUGGCCUCACGCAACUCCAAUAUUUGAACUUAUCAUCUUGUGGUUAUAUUGCACGGCUACCAGAAGGCAGAAGCUAUUGGCUGCCUGGUCGAUCUACAGUGUUUAAACAUGUCAGAGUGUAGUGGCAUCAGGGAACUCCCAGAGUCGUUUAAGAGGCUCUGUAAUUUGUUGCAUCUGGAUUUAAAAGGCUCAUUUGUUGAGAAAGGGUUACCGGGAGCUCUGUGUGGCCUCACCGCAUUACAAUAUCUGGAUAUGUCAGAGUAUCACACAGAAAUUCUGGAACAGGAUGAUCUACCUAAUGUUAUGGGAAACCUCACAAAUAUCAAGGUUUUGAAUUUAUCAUAUAGCCUGAAUGAACUCAUAGGUAUAGGUAAUAACGAUUAUCUUGAUUUCAUUGGUACCCUUACCGAUCUGGAACAUCUGGACUUAUCCUGGAACCCUACAUUAGAGUAUCUACCAAAAAGUAUUGGUAACCUCAAAAGGCUGCAUACAUUGAAUCUAGAGAAUUGCAAUGAUCUCGAGUCCCUCCCAGAGAGUAUAGGUGGUGCAACUGGGCUGAAGUCUGUACUUCUUGACGGGUGCUCACACAAACUGAUCGAUCAGGCCCAUUCUCUGUUGCAUUAUUCACUAACAUUACCGCUCUUUAAAGUUCAUGGUGAUGAUGUCAGUGCUCACAGCAAUCUGCAUCUGCUCGAGGGUGAAAAUGUCGCUGAGUUACAUAUAGUUUUCCUUGGAAACGUAAGAUUUCUAGAAGAAGCACAAAGACUUAAG